UUCAAAAUUUUAUUUAGUAAAUUUACAUUAUUGGUUGUAUAUAUAAAUCAUAGUCAAAGACCUGAAAUUGUUCUUUUAGAAAAUUAUAAAUAAAAUGUAACUUGUUUUGGAAACAUACAGAAGUCAAGUCGUCUCUACCAUUUAUCGGGAUUGUCUAAGUUAGUUUAUAAUGUGCGAAUGUAGUACUAAUAAAAGGAGAAGCAAGCGUAUAUUUAGAAAAGUAACGCAUUGCAUAUUUGAGCUGGAUGGAUUAUUAUUAGAUACUGAAGAUAAGUAUGAAAUGAUUAUAAAAGAUAUGAUAAAAAUAUUUAACAAAGAACUUACAUGGGAAAUACGUUUACAACUUUUCGGAAAAACUGAUUUAGAAGUAGCUGAAUUUCUCAUUGAAGAAUUUGAACUACCUGUAACGGUUAAUGAAUUUUUAGUACAAUACUAUCGAAUUGCAAUGAGAAAGCUAAGAGCUUCAGAAUUAUUUCCAGGAGCUGAGCGCUUAAUUAGGCAUUUACAUAAGAAUCGUGUUCCCAUGGCAUUAGCAACCAGCUCAACAGAAGAUAUGGUGCGAAUUAAAACGCAGGGGAAUCGUGACGUAUUUAGACUUUUGCAUCACAAAGUAUAUGGGGGUUCAGAUCGUGCAGUACGUGAGAGAAAACCAGCUCCAGAUAUAUUCUUUAUUGCAUCACAGCGCUUUAUUCCUUGGGUGACACCUAUGGAUUGCCUAGUAUUUGAACACUCUCCAAAUGGUGUACGUGGUGCAAGAACUGCUAAAAUGCAGUGUGUGAUGAAGCCAGAUAAACGCUUUCCGGCUGAAGAAAUGCGAGAAAUAGCGAAUGAAGUGUUAAAUUCUCUAGAAGAUUUUAGGCCAGAGCUAUAUGGACUUCCAGCAUAUCCACAACAAUGACACAAAAGUAUUGUUAUAUUAAAUUAAAUAAAAUUUAAGGUGAAAAAGCUUUAUACAAGUAUUUAUU